CCCCUUCCUGCCGGGUCUUCUUCCUCCAGAGGAAAGAGGCCACCGAUCCUCCUCCAGGUGCUGCAUCGAAGCCUCCAGGGUGGGAUCAGAGCCUUAGGAGCCUUGCCUCUUGUUUUUGCCCAGAUACAGAAGAGGCAAGAGAGUCUGUGGCCCCUUGGAGGCUUCCUUGGGAUGGAAGAUGGCUGAGCACAAUUCAGCUGGCCCUGAAGCACAAAGAGACGAGGCUGCCAUUAAGAUUGGGAAGAGUAAGGAAUCCUGGGACAGAACAGUUCAGAACCUCCAGGGUGAGGACAUGGUCAGCUCAGACGUGCAGCUCCAGCGUUUCAGGCAGCUCCGCUACCGGGAGGCUGAGGGACCCCGAGAGGUUUGCAACCAACUCCACAACCUUUCCCGUCAGUGGCUGAAGCCAGAGCAACACACGAAAAACCAAAUCCUGGACCUGGUGAUCCUGGAGCAGUUCCUGACCAUCCUGCCGGCAGAGAUGGCAAACUGGGUGAGGGAAUGUGGAGCGGAGACCAGUUCCCAAGCGGUGGCCCUGGCAGAAGGCUUCCUCCUGAGCCAGGCAGAGGACCAGAAGCAGGAAGGGCAGCAGGUCAAGAAUCUCUUUGCCGAAGUGAGGCCUGAUUCCCUUGCAGCAGAGGCAGCUCCAUCGAACACCACACAGAGCCCCCCACGAAGGGGCAUCUGGCAGGGGGGUGACGGACGUGCUGCCUUGCAGGGGGCUGCAAUGGCGCCGGCAGUGGGUACUCGUCCAUCUUCUUUUCGUUGUGAUGCAAUGGCACCGGAUCCGGCUCUGGUGACAUUCGAGGAGGUUGCUGUGAGCUUCACGGAGGAGGAGUGGGCCCUGCUGGAUCCUGACCAGAGAGCCCUGCACUGCCAGGUCAUGGAGGAGAACCGGGGGAUCGUGGCCUCUCUCGAAGGUGACUGUUGGGUAGCAGAGAAUGAGAGAGGACCAUGCGGGAUGCUAUCGAAGGAAGAAAGACACACAAACAGCAAACAGAGGAGAUGGGGAAAUGGAGCCAAUUGGAAAAUGAGGAAUAAUUCCUUUCUUUAUCAGGCCAAUGGCAACGCCGAUGUCGCAAUUCAACAACAAAUACAUAAAAGUCAGGAAAAGAACAGGUUCCAAAUUAGAAGGAAAACUCUGAAUACUGAAUCAAGUGCUAAAGCUUACUGCAAAAUUCCCACAUUGAAAAAAGCAUAUAAAUUCAAGGACGGUUUAAAGAGCUUCAUUGGGAAGAGAAGUCUCCUUUCUCAUCAAAGAAUUCACACAAGGGAGAAACCAUAUAAAUGCUUGCAGUGUGAGAAGAGCUUCCGUUCAAAGACACAUCUCUCCUCUCAUCAAAAAACCCACACAGGGGAAAAGCCAUAUCAUUGUUUGGAGUGUGGAAAGAGGUUCAAUCUAAGAAACUACUUCAUUUGUCAUCAAAGAAUUCACACAGGGGAGAAACCAUAUAAAUGCUUGCAGUGUGAGAAGAGCUUCCGUUGGAAGUCACAUCUCUCCUCUCAUCAAAAAACCCACACAGCAGAAAAACGAUAUCAUUGUUUGGAGUGUGGAAAGGAAUUCAUUGCAAAGAGUUGUUUCGCACGACAUCAAAGAAUUCACACAGGGGAGAAACCAUAUCAUUGUUUGGAGUGUGGAAGGAGGUUCAGUCGAAAAAUGCUUCUUAUUUGUCAUCAAAGAAUUCACACAGGGGAAAAGCCAUAUAAAUGCUUGCAGUGUGAGAAGAGCUUCCGUUCGAAGUCACAUCUCUCCUCUCAUCAAAAAACCCACACAGGAGAAAAACCGUAUCAUUGUUCGGAGUGUGGAAAGGACUUCAUUGCAAAGAGUUGUUUCACACGACAUCAAAGAACUCACACAGGGGAGAAACCGUAUCAUUGUUUGGAGUGUGGAAAGAGGUUCAGUCGAAAAAUGCUUCUUAUUUGUCAUCAAAGAAUUCACACAGGGGAAAAGCCAUAUAAAUGCUUGCAGUGUGAAAAGAGCUUCCGUUCGAAGAGAUAUCUCUCCUCUCAUCAAAAAACCCACACAGGAGAAAAACCGUAUCAUUGUUUGGAGUGUGGAAAGAGCUUCAGUCAAAGAACACCUUUUGUUUCUCAUCAAAGAAUUCACACGGGGGAGAAACCGUAUCAUUGUUUGGAGUGUGGAAAGGACUUCAUUGCGAAGAGCGGUCUCGCUCGUCAUCAAAGAACUCACACAGGUGACAAACCAUAUCAUUGUUUGGAGUGUGGAAAGAACUUCAUUGUGAAGAGUCAUCUCACUUCUCAUCAAAGAACUCACACAGGGGAGAAACCAUAUCAUUGUUUGGAGUGUGGAAAGAGCUUCAGUCUAGAAAAAUUCCUAAUUUCUCAUCGAAGAGUUCACACAGGGGAGAAACCAUAUCGUUGUUUUCAGUGUGGAAAGAGCUUCCGUUGGAACACACAACUCUCCUCUCAUCAAAAUACUCACACAGGGGAGAAACCAUUUUAUUGUUUGGAGUGUGGAAAGAGCUUCAGCGCAAGGAGUGGUCUCACUACUCAUCAAAAAACUCACACAGGGGAGAAACCAUAUCAUUGUUUGGAGUGUGGAAAAAGCUACACUCGAAAAAACACCCUCAUUAGUCAUCAAAGAAUUCACACAGGGGAGAAACCAUAUCAUUGUUUGGAGUGUGGAAAGAACUUCAUUGCGAAGUGUUCUCUCACUUCUCAUCAAAGAAUUCACACGUGGGAGAAACCACAUCAUUGCUUGGAGUGUGGAAAGAGCUUCCGUCAGAAGGUACAACUUAUUUCUCAUCAACGAACUCACACAGGAGAGAAACCAUAUCAUUGUUUGGAGUGUGGAAAGAACUUCAUUGUGAAGAGUCAUCUCAUUGUUCAUCAAAGAAUUCACACAGGGGAGAAACCAUAUAAAUGCUUGGUGUGUGGAAAGAGCUUCAGUCAGAGGACACAUCUCACUUACCAUAAAAGCACUCACACAAGGGAGAAACCAUUUUGUCAGGGAAUAGUUUCAACACUGUAGUGAGCUAUUUAGUUUAUAGCUAAAAUUUAAUUAGAAGUAGUCUGGAAGAGUUUAAAUCUAUUCAGUCUUUGGUUCU